AUGCACUAUACUUCAAAGGAUCUUGGAGCAAAAGAUUCGAUUCACACAGGGGAUAUAAUGAAUCUUGACGGCACCUCUGUGAAAGUCCUUUACAUGACCAAUAGCGAGGACCAAUACCUAGAAGACUAUGAUAGUUUCCAAGUUUUGCGCCUUCCUUAUGUAGAGGAUCAACGUCAAUUCUCUAUGUACAUUUAUCUUCCUUAUGAUAAAGAUGGAUUACCUUCUCUGCUUGAGAAAAUAGGCUCUAAACCAGGGUUUAUUGAUAACCAUAUUGCACACCACCGUGUAUCACUGGGUGCUUUUGGUAUUCCAAAGUUUAAAUUCUCUUUCGAGUUUGAAGCUUCAGAUGUUUUGAAGGAUUAG